GUGUGCUUUUCAUUUGAGGCAAAAGCUAUUGCUUUCGCAGUUUGAGUGCAAAACCUGUGUUUGGCUUCAAUUGAAUGACACAAACAAUAAAACGAUUCAAGAGUUUCGGCUUUUUUUAACAAUCAACGGAUCAGUUGGCGAGUAAAGAGUUUGCCAUCGAUUGCAAAGAAUCGCUCGCAAUAUCAUCGGACAUUUGAGUGGAUAAUAGUUAGCGGAUAAGCGGAGGAAUAAGCGGAAGAAUGUCUGCUUCGGCUCAACUGCGAGAACUGCUUCAUUUGCCAGCGUUUGGUAUGAAUACUAUGAAUACAAACGCCACUCAAAACACUGCCAAUCAGUUCAAUGUGUUGAACGACUUGAACACAACUCAUACGGCGAACAACAGCCACACCAACACCACUGUCCGCCACAGUCUGCCCAACAACUGCACCAUUAAAGUGGACACCACUUCCACGCAGAGCCUGUUCGACGUGAUGGCACUGAAAGUGGCCAUUGAAGGCCACGAGUCGACCAAUUCGUACUUCACGAAAGUGGAGCGUUUGGUGGACUUUAAUUGGGAUUUCAGCGGAAAUAGCAAUUGGAUUGCGGUCUCCAAUCGGAAGCCGUUCAUCGCGUAUGUCAUCAGUCGGUAUCAGAAGCCGCAGACAGCGCGACAGUCGGCGCCGUCGAGCGACCAAAUGAUACGUAUAAUGAAUUACGAGACGCGCUGCCGGUGUCUGGCGAAGGGUGUGUUUCAUCAGCCAAUCGCCGACCUGUCGUUCGCCAUAAACUCGAUCUCAUCGCACAGUUUGGAUGUGACAAAGUUGGCGGUCGCCGACAGAGGCGGCAAUGUCUACAUCUAUAGUCUUAAGGAAGAGAACGGCGACAUU